UGAGAGUAACUUCAACUAUCUAGUGAUCUAAUGAUCUAAUUAACUGAACCGGCCAACUGAAGCCAGCAUUUUUCACCAGAGGGCAUCCAUGUUCCUUCCAGCUGGAGGAGACUGUUGUUUUUCCUGUUUCUCCUCUGAAAUAUCAUCCCUCCUUUUAUAAAUACUCAGUCAGUCUAUCACUCAGACACUCAGACAUCCUUCAGUGAGGGAACCAGUCAACCAGUCCACCAUGGCCAUCAACAUCCCAGGACUGAUAGCAAUGGUGGUUUUCUACCUCCUGGUCCUUGGGACCGGCAUCUGGGCUUCUUUUAAGUCCAAAAGGGAACAGAAGAAAAGUGCAGCCUCUGGAGUGGAGAUGACCCUGCUGGGAAACCGGAACAUAAACUGGGUGGUGGGGAUGUUCACACUGACAGCUACGUGGGUCGGAGGAGGAUUCAUUGUUGGCACAGUUGAGAUGGUGUACACGCCCUCCAUGGGACUAACAUGGACAAUCAUGUUGCAUCUGGCAUACAGCUUGUGUUUUUUAAUUGCUGGCUUUGUGUUCGCCAAGCCAAUGAGAGAAGCAAACUAUGUGACGAUGCUGGACCCUUUCCACAUCAAGUAUGGAAAAGUAGUGGCAGCUGGACUGAGCCUGACUUCAGUUAUUGUGGAUUUGCUCUUGGUGCCAACAGCAUUAAUUGGUUUAGGAGGAGUUAUGAGCGUGGUCCUGGAUUUGUCCUUUGCUGUGUGCAUCUGGAUCUCUGCUGCUGUCGCCAUCACCUACACACUGCUGGGAGGUCUCUACUCUGUGGCCUACACAGAUGUUAUACAGCUGGUCCUCAUAUUCAUCAGCCUGUGGCUCUGUGUUCCCUUUGUUUUGACGAAUCCUGCUGUCUCGGAUAUCAGCCAGACGCUGAUGAACAACACCUUACACUCUCCCUGGAUUGGUAAACCAGAGCUGAGAAAGACCUGGAUCAUGAUUGAUGAGUUCUUAUUCUUUGCACUGGGGUCUCUGGGAUAUCAGUGCCUCCACCAGAGGACCUUGUCAGCUGCUUCCACAGCCACAGCGAAGCGCUCAUGCUUUCUUGCUGCUUUAAUUUAUCCUGUACUUGUGAUACCUCCCAUACUGCUUGGGGCUGCCACCGCAUCCACAGACUGGAACCUGACUACCUAUGGUUCACCAUCUCCAUUUGAACGUGGGGAAGCAGCUCUAGCUCUGCCCAUCGCCCUGCAACACCUCGCACCAUCUGUCAUCGCCAUUAUCGCUAUUGGAUGUGUGGCCGCUGCUGUGAUGUCAUCAGCUGACUCUGCUUUGCUUUCUGCAGCUUCUGUCUUCAGCUCCAACAUCUACAAGAACAUCCUGAGGCCUCAGGCAUCAGACAGAGAGAUUCAGUGGGUGAUCCGAGCUUCUGUGUUGGUCAUGGGCUUGGUUAGUACAUCACUCACCAGCCUGAAAACCAGCAUCCUUUUGUUCUGGUUUGUGGGUGCUGAAGUGGCCUACAUCAUAAUUUUCCCUCAACUGCUCUGCGUCCUCUUCUUCAGCAUCUCCAAUGGUUACGGGGCUAUUAUGGGCUUUCUGGUGGGAAUACCAUUAAGACUGCUCAGUGGAGAUCCAUCACUAGGGUUACCACCAGUCAUACACUUCCCAGGAUGCACUCUUGAGGACGGUGUUUAUGUCCAGUACUCCCCAGUUAAGACCAUCUCCAUGCUGUCUGCCGUUGCUGCCAUCUUGUUGUUCUCCUAUCUGGCUUCUGUGCUCUUCAACAGAGGCAUGCUUCCUGAGAAGUGGGAUGUGUUCAAAGUCAAAGUCCAGCACUCACCACAACCUCUGACACCAAUAGCUGACACCACAGAACAUGAUGAGAAUGAGAAAUUGAACAGAAACAACUCUCAGAACGAGGCGUCAGAGCCAAUGAUUAGCACAAGUUGUUAGUGUUCCUGUGUGUACAGCAGUAUCUGUUUUCUGACGGUAUAAUAUAGACCAGCAGAUACAAGUAAAUAUCUCAAAGUCAUUCUGGAGAAUUAUGAAAAACAUCAAUGUAAUAGUUAAUACUGUGUUCCACGAUGUUGCUCAUUCGCUCCAAUAAAAGCAAGUCACCAUCACAUACUGUAGCC